AUGCCUAUGGAUUAUUCCAAGCUUGGUAAAGUUCCUGCGACCAAAAAUCACUAUGUUGCUCUUUGUGAAGCAAAAGAAAGCAGCAGUAAGAUCCGAAACAUCGUGUUCCCAAAUGAUAUAGCUAACUUUGUCAACAGCAACUCCUUAACUGAUACGCAGAAGUACGAGGUUCUUUGCAACGUUUGGGUACCAUCUACAAACUUUCCAUUUCCUUUGGUAAACGGCAGGAAGUUUCGCUUGGAUUGGAUCAAGUUGUUUCCGUGGCUGACGUACUCGCAAAAGUUGAAUGGAGCUUUCUGCAUAAACUGCGUGCUGUUUGGUUCAGAAUGUACUGGGAUGCACAAUACGAGUAAGUUGCAAAGGCUUUUUAAAACCCCAUUCACCACAUGGCAGGUCGCACCCGCUAAAUUCAGGGAGCAUUCCGAGAAGUCACCACUUCACAAAGCAGCCACAGCGCGUGCAGCAGUACUAAGAUCUCAUAUGGAGCAAAGGUCUGCACCCAUUGAUGUUAUGUUGGAUGAUAUGAAAAGGCAGCAGAUAGAGGAAAACAGAAAACUUCUGAGACCCAUUAUCGGAGCAAUCGUUCUUUGUGGCAGGCAAAAUAUUCCCUUGCGUGGACAUAGAGAUGAUUCUUCGAACUAUCUGUCAGAUGAGGUUAACUGUGGUAAUUUCAUUGAAAUCCUAAAGUACGGUGCAAUGUGUGCUGGUAAGACUCUUGAGGAACUUUUCAAAAGCACUCCUAAGAACAUGACCUACAAAUCAAAAACCACUCAGAAUGAAAUAAUUGAUAUAUGUGGCGAUAUGAUAACCAAAAAACUUACUGAUGAGAUCCGCGAAGCAAGGUUUUACUCCAUUCUCGCCGACGAAGCAUCAGAUUGUAGCAACAUAGAACAGCUUAGUAUCGUUAUCCGGUUUGUAGACAAGCAGUGUCAAAUAAGAGAAGAGUUUCUUGGCUUUGUCCCGUGCAAAAAGGGUGUGUCUGGUGAAGCUGUUGCCGCUACAAUUGAAGAAUUCCUUCGGGACCAAAAUUUGCCGAUUGAUGAUUGUCGUGGUCAGGGUUAUGAUGGAGCUGGGAACAUGGCAGGGCGAUUAUCUGGAGUAGCAGCUAGAAUACAAGAAACCAACAAGAAGGCUCUGUAUGUUCACUGUAACUCUCACCGUUUAAACCUUUGUGUCGCCACUUGCUGCAAAGAACAACUGGUAAGGAAUAUGAUGGAACAUGUUCGUGUUGCCUCGGAGUUCUUUAAUUUUUCUCCGAAGCGUUUUGAUUUGUUGGUCAAGACCAUCCACGAAAUGCUUCCUACAGCGAAUCAUAAACGGCUGAUAAAUGUUUGCAAAACAAGAUGGGUGGCCAGAAUCGAUGGUUUGUGUGUUUUUAUCGAGGUUUUCCCUGCAAUUAUUAGAUGCUUGGAAAUCAUUCGUGACAAUGUCGGCGACAAUUGGAAUCCAGAUUCUGUCCGAAAAGCUGUUUCUUUAUAUUCAGCAACCGUGUCCUUUCCAUUCAUUGUCGCGUUAGUUGUGGUUUCAAAAUGUCUUCUGGUGACUCAACCGCUCACGGUUCAACUGCAGGAAUCCGCUAUUGAUGCUGGAGCAGCUAGAGAAAAAGUAUCCGCUCUUUACGUUCAUCUAGAGAAAAUGAGAAAUGACGUGGACGCAGAACACGACUCGUGGUACAAAGAAGCUGAAUCCAUGGGAACCAGUGUUGGAACUCAACCAGAUCAGCCAAGAACGACAGGGAGGCAACAACACCGCGCUAACACACCAGCUGAUACACCGUCACAAUAUUACCGUAGA